AACUCAGAUUCACUGCUGUCUGACGAAGACUACGAACAGGACUAUGAAAGCUCAAGGAGUACCGGACGGCCAAAAAAAUUAAACACCAUUGACGAGGAGGACUCCACUUUUGGACACAGCUCUGCGCUAGGUCCAUCCAGUUCUUCAGCGAGAAAUUACCCUACACACAGUGGCUGGGGUCGCCCACGUGUGAUAGGCGAUCGUGGAGGGUCUCAAAACGAAGGAAGGGACAAGAAUUCUAAAGUAGAUGACUUCUCAACCGGAGAGGAAACGGAGAAGCGCCUUAGGGUUGACUCGGAUACCGGUCAAUCCUCUGUUGGUGAUGAAGAACAAGAAUACCAAGGGGCGGAAGAAGAAGUUGGAGCGAGUGAAGUUGAGUCCCUUGCCAUUUCAGCCGCCGAUUUGGCAGAGGAGGAGGAAAAUGAGAAGGAUGAUGAUGAAGAAGUAGAAGAAGGGGAAGAAGAAGAAGAGGAGGAGGAAGAGAGAGUUGAAGAAGAGGGAAAUGCAGGCAGUUACUCCGGGUCCCGGCAACGUCGUAAACCCUCCGAGGACAUGUGGAUUCGUCUGUUUGUCGCUGCACACUUUGUCGAUACUCUGCUGUGCGGAGUCAAAUUGCUCACCGACUGGCUCACUUGUCUGCCCAUUAACUUCACAACGCAUCCGCACGAGAUCCUGGAGCACAUUUCAUUGCGCUGCCGACAGGUCCUACGAGCCGAAAUGGUUUCGGCUACCACGGAGGAAUCGGCCGAAACCUGCGUACGUCAGCCUCUACCCGAGGACUGGUUCCUGCGCGACCUACCCCGUCUCGCGCCCGUUUACUGCACCCUGCGCUUUGAGAAGGGAAACCUAGAGGACAGGAUUGAAGAGCACAACUUUGCUUUGGAAUAA